AUAAAGGCAGCGAAGGAUCACAGCAGGAAGUGUCUGCCGAACCCGGCAGCUUGGAUAACUGUAUAAUUAUAAUUAUAUAAUAACACUUCUACUAAUACUAAUACUAAUAAUCUUCUGAGGAGAAAUGAGUCUGGGUCCUGUCGUGUCCUGUGUCCUCUGCAAUCGCUCCGAGGAGACGACGACCACCGGAGCUUUAUCAAUCAAAGAAGAAGUCGCUGCUCAUCAGAACUGUUUGUUGUUUUCCUCUGGUAUUUAUUGUCGGGACUCCCCUCAGUUUGACGACCUGUUCGGUUUCUCCGUAGAGGAUGUGCUGAAGGAGGUCACGAGAGGAAGGAAACUGAGAUGCCACAAAUGUAAGAAAAAGGGCGCCACUGCCGGGUGUGAGGUCAAAAGCUGCAAGAGGUCCUACCACUACCCCUGUGCAGUUCAGGAGGGGGCGAAGGACAUUGAAGAUCAGGUCAAAGGGAGUUAUGGGUUGUACUGCUUCCAACACCAACAGCCACAGAACACACAAAGCAAUGGUUUGGUGAAUAGGUUCAACUCCAACUCAUCAGAACCUGGAACCUCCACCAAUCCCCACGGAGCUGGAUCAACUAAGGUUCACUGUCUCACCUGUGAGAAGAAAGAAGGAAACAUCAGCCUGGAUAGUUUGUCUCACAGCGUGGUCAUGUGCUAUUGUGACAAACACGUUCCUUCGUCAUAUCAGAGGAACGGUGAUGAGGAUUCUACGGCAGCCGGACCGUCGGUUUCCAGCAGCGCCUCCAAAUCGCCCUGCGCUCCGACACGAUUGCCUGUCAAGAGACGGUUGUGUCGAGACGAGCUGGAGGAGAGCCCCUCGAAACGUCAAACUAAAGGACAGACGUUCACAACAACUGAAAAUUCUUCAGACUCAGAUAUGGGUUUGUUUGCCCCUUUAGAGUCAGACAUAGAUGAAAGUGCCAACUCUGUUCCAGAGCAGGAAUUUGUCAGGUAAGACUGAGACACAACAACAGCUGCUGAUUACAUCACCAUGCACAGUUUCUCUUUCCGCUGGUCUCUCGGUAUGAAACGGACAGUGGAGGAUAACUCCUUAAUGAUUCUUCUGCCUUCACAGACAGGACGGUCCCUCACAGUCUCCCUC